AUGCAUUGGCUGCUAUCGCUGCUCCCGGCCGCCGCCAUCUUCUGGCAACACGCCGUCAGCGACCCAACGCCAAAAUAUAACCCUCUUCCGUCCCUCCGCGAACAAGCCCGCAUUCAGGAUGCGUGGACCGAGGAGCGCAAGGCGGGCAUCCCCGCCCUCCUGAAGAAACACGGCGUCGAAGCCUGGCUGAUAAGCCAACGGGAGUACGCCGAGGAAACAGUCUUCUGGUCCCUGAAGCCGGCAUCGACCUUCUCCGCCCGCCGCCGCACAACCUGCCUUUUUCUCGCCGAGCCCCUCGCCUCCUCCAACACCACCGACGGCAGCAGCACCCUCACGCAGCAACCCGGUUGCAUCAUAGGAUGGACCUCGGACGUCUGGGAGACGCUCAAAUCGCAGCUCGAGGCCGCGAACCCCGCCACCAUCGCCGUCAACGCGCACCCAGAGAUCGCCUUCGCCAGCGGUCUCCACGCAGGCGAGUACCAGGCCAUGGCCUCCGGGCUCGGCGGUGAGUGGACCUCGCGCAUGGUCGUCAAGCCCGAGAUCGCCGUCGAGUUCAUCUCCGCCCAACCGGCAUCCAAGCUGCCACAGUACAAGGAGAUCAUGGAGACGGCGUGGGCGAUGAUUGCCAAGGGCUUCAGUGAGGCGGUCAUCGUGCCGGGGAAGACGACGACGGGUGAUCUAGAGUGGUGGUUCCGUGAGGAGAUUCUGGCGCACAACUUCUCGACGUGGUUCCACCCGAGCGUGAGUGUUGUCAACGAGGCGCUGCCUUGGACCCUGAGGUUGGAUACGACCGUGGACGAGGGUGCCGGAGGGAGGGUCAUUCAGUAUGGGGACAUGCUGCACGUCGAUUUUGGGUUGACGGCGAUGGGGUUGAACACGGAUACGCAGCACCUGGGAUACGUGCUGCGUCCCGACGAGACCGACGUGCCUCAGGAUUUGAAGGACGGCUUGAAGGAAGGCAACAAGCUCCAAGACAUUGUGAGACGAAACAUUGCCGUCGGCAAGACUGGCAAUGAGAUGCUCAAGGCGUCGCUGGGAGAGAUGCACACGGAGGGCAUUCAGGGACGGGUCUACUCGCACCCAAUUGGGGACUGGGGCCACGCUGCUGGCCCUCUCAUCGGAAUGACCAACAUGCAAGAGUAUGUCUCGGCGGCUGGCGAAUUGGCUGCGAUCCGCAGUAUGUGGUUCAGCGUGGAGCUGCUCGUAGAGCACUACGUCCCCUCAAGAAAUCAGACACUCUGGUUUGCACUGGAAGAGGAUGUAUACUGGGCCGGCGAAGAAGAGGGAUGGCAGUGGGUUUAUGGCCGACAGGAGGAGUUCCACCUUGUCAGGGCGGCCAAGCAGCAACAGACGAUGGAGGAGUUGUGA